CGUUUUUAUCUCAUCGGGUUUCGAGAUAAAAAGAUGCACUCGACGUGGCGGCACACAGGCCAAAAUACCAGUCUCACGCUAGUCGCUCGGUCUGGUAGUGUCCCUAGACCCGAUAUGUAGUCCGAUAGUCUGUUUGCGUUUGUGUGCGCCGCGUGUGUGUUGUGUCAUGUGUGUGUGUGUGUGUGUGUGUGUGUGAGUGAGAAUGAGUGUCAUGUGCGCGCGCGCGCAUAACGUGUAAUUUUUGUCGUCUAUUCUAAAGUUUGUGUAGAGAAUAUAAAUAUUGUAUUUUUAAUUUUUAUAAAUAAUAACAUAAUAUUAUGUGCGUACGUUUUUUGUUGUCGAUGACGUAAAAAUAUCGUGUUUGAUCGGUCUGGCCGUCCGGAAGUCGCGGUCGACACCGCGGCUUCACUCUUCACUUCUUUUGAGUUUGACCCACAGGCACGAUAAUGACCGUUGUUUGUUCCUCUCUAACGUCCUGGACACAAUGUCGUUCGACUUCAAAAGGCAUGGAGGGCGACGAGACUUCCAGGGGGGUGAUAAGACCCGCCCCAGCACAUAUCAGGACUAUUACGACGUCGGGUCACAUAACCACCGUGCCUAACGUCGAAGGGCAGACCAGGAACGAGAGCAAUACGGCAGACGCAAUGUCGCAGUUGAAAAUGCAACAACAGAGAGACUUUGGACAUAACGGAUUAUCUAGAAACUGUACUCCCGAUAAUACGACGGAAUGCGUUUCGACGGAGGUACUUAUAGACGGAUUUAAUGAAAACGGCACGCCCGCCGCACACACGCCCGAAGAGGCCGCGUCACCGAAUGAGUAUCAAAAGGACCAUAGUCCGCCCGCAGAAGCCAUCCGACUCCGGAGAAACGUGGAUGGUACCGAAGUGAAUUUGCAAAUACCGAUGGAAAAGUUGCCCACGUUUCAUGGGUACGUCGCUACCACCGAAUUUCCAAAUCAUAAUCAGAGAUAUCAGCGAAUCAGAUAUUUGGAGUACCGAGGACAGUCACCUGAGGAUGGCAGUGGUGGUGGAGGUGGUUUUGAACAACCUCUGAUCAAGUACGAACAUCAUCAACAACAGCAGCAGCAGAGUAAAAUGGAUCCGAAUUCCAGUUAUGUAACAUUAGAAUCGGUGACGGACGUCUAUCAACAGCAGCAACAACAACAGCAACAGCAACAGCAGCAACAACAACAACAACAACAGCAACAGCAACAACAGCAACAGCAACAACAGAAUUACCAACAACAGAACUCGUAUCAGACGUAUCAAACGUACGACACCGAACAACCAGUGAAUGACAUAUUCAACAUAUAUGACAAGGAAAGCCACGGUGGUGGUGGAGAUUACGGCGUAAAAUCCGGUCACCAGAAAGGUGGUUACGUUCAACAGACCUUGAUGCAGCAACAACAGCAGCAGCAACCCGAGUAUCAAAACGACGUCAACGGCAGUGGCGGUGGCGGAGGUGGUGGUGAGGGACAACCGGAUUUUUGGGGAUCCCAUGAUCAACAGGUGGCAGACUUUACAACGGCGGCAAACGAAAGUUUAGCAGCGGCAAACGCACUGCAAAUUCAAGAAGUCGGCUUAGGACCGCCGGAUGGAAGCAUACAGGUGACUCAGCAGUACGCCAUUUUCCAGACCGGUAACCCCGGACCGUCAUGGAUCGACGAACACUAUGAUCAAAACGGCAUCCUGAAUGUGGACAUGAAGGAAUGCGUGAAUUGUGCAGCUAACGUGACGCCCCUGUGGCGCAGGGACGGCACGGGUCAUCAUCUAUGCAACGCGUGCGGCUUGUACAACAGGAUCAACGGAGUGAAUCGGCCGCCGGUCAGGUCCGCGCAAAAGAAAACUACCCAACAAACAGGAAACAAACGUUCCGGAGUGGCUUGUGCUAACUGCUCGACAAAUACGACGACUCUGUGGAGACGAAACAACAACGGAGAACCAGUGUGUAAUGCUUGUGGUCUCUAUUUUAAAUUGCACAACGUCAAUAGGCCGUUGACGAUGAAGAAAGACGGCAUACAAACGAGAAAGAGGAAACCAAAAAACCCGUCCAUCGGAGGUUUCAGCCAAAACUCGUCGUCUAAAGAGAAAGGAGAAGUGACAAAGCUUCUACUUCCUCACUUGUUUACUAAUUCUUCAGAUAAUAAACAUCAACAUGGACAUCUUGGUUAUGAUCAAGCAGUGAUGACAUCACAAGAACACUUUUUGCCUCACAGCUCUCAAAUUCACAUCCCUUCAUUACCCCCACCGCCAACAAACCUUAACCGCCAUACAUCUAAUAAUGGGCAAUCAAUGGAACAAUUGGGCUCUAGAGACAUGUUGACCAGUGUGAUCACUUCUACCGGAAAUCAAAAUGUAAGAGAUGAUUAAUUGUCAAUCGGUAUACAUUUUAAAAUCAAUGGAAUACUUUUUUGAAUAAUUUUGUUCAAUUUAAUUGUACCGUAUUGAAUAUUUGUUCACUUGCAAAUUUAUAUAUUAAAAAUAUGGCAUGUAAACAUAGUUUGUUAAAACAAUGUGAUCAUGCACUGUAAAGUGAUAAUAGAUGAUAAUUAUAUAUUAUUUAUUUAUAGUUUUACAAGGUUUAGUGAUGAAAAAAA